AGAGCAAGCUGCGCGUGCAAAAGACCAACCAAUCCCUGUCGUACCUGGAGGACAGCCGAGUGAGGAUCAACUGCUCCAUCGCCUCCCAGACCAGCCAGGACUCCCAGCAUGCCGUGCUGUGGUACGUCAGGCGGGCGACGGGGUCGGAAGCCGACGAGCUCCUGCUGAGGAUCGAGAAAUCGGGCGCGUUCGAGUACGGCGCCUACGCAGACGAGGAGAGGCUCCGCCGCAGAGUGCAGGCGGAGAGGUUGUCGCCCCGGCUCUACGUUCUGACGCUGAACCGGGCGGAGAACAGCGACUCGGGGACGUACUACUGCCUGGUGGAGGAGUGGCUGAGCGACCCAGACGGAGCCUGGUAUCGACUCUCCAGGGAGUCCUCGGGGUUCACGCAGGUGCUGGUCAGACAGCCAGAGGUUCGACUGCAGGUGGAAGAACUGGAGGCAAAUGUGACCGUGGAAGAGUCCAGCUCCAUCCGGCUGGGCUGCAGCAUUCCCUCUCAGUCGUCCCGGGACUCCCGCUUCUCUGUGUCCUGGUACGUGGAGCGCUCCGAUGAUGAGGACGACGAGGACGAUGUGGACCAGCCGAGUGAUGAAGAACGAGGGCGAGAGUGCGUGUUCUCCAUCGGACAUGAUGCAGUUUUCGGUAAUGGGAACUGCAGCCCCAGGGAGGAGGCGGGGCCAAAUUCUCGGCUGCAGUUUGAGAGGAUGACCUCGGACCAGUACAGCCUGACCAUUCAGGGGGCGCGGCCGACAGACGCCGGUCGCUACUACUGCCAUGUGGAGGAGUGGCUGCUUAACCCCCGCAACGCAUGGUACCGCCUGGCCACCAACAACUCCGGGUUCACCAUCGUGAAUGUACUGCAACAAGUGUCCACUCUCAAGUCGGUCGUCUGCUCCACCGACGCCCUCUUCUACUUCGUCUUCUUCUACCCUUCCCAUCUUCGGCGCCCUCCUCAUCGCCCUGCUGUUCGUGCGCUACAAGAGCCGCAGCAACAGCAAGAGUCAAGAGGGCAAGAACGGCGCCCCCCUCCUGUGGAUUAAAGAACCUCACCUCAGUUACUCCCCCACCUGUCUGGACCCUCCCGCGCUCAGCCUGCACCCCGGGUCCGUCGACUAAAAAGCCGGGACCCGCCUAUGCCUUGCGUACGUCGCAGAUGCAAACACAAUGCCAGGGAGCGGAUGUGGACUCCACCUUCAGACUUCAAACUGUCAUUCACUGCUGUGUUAGUCGAUCAGUUUAAAAAAUCCUACCCUGGUGGCUGAUUGUUUAUGUUAAUAACUGUGUGUGUGUGUGUGUGUGUGUGUGUGUGUGUCAGGGUAUGGAUGAGUGUGUGUUUGAACUAGAUCUUGUGGGCCAUGUUAACAAGGUUAAUUGUGCGAGUACUGGGGGGGGGGGGGGGCGUGAUAUUAUCAUGAGCCUCUCUCUCUUCCUUUGUUUUCUGUUGAACUCCUAGCUGCAUUUGUUUUUUUUUAUUACUCUGAAUAUUUGUCUAUUUUUCAAAGAGAUACAAAAAAACUGCACAUGAGAUCAUCGGCCGAUGCGGAAAAACAACAUUUAAGAGAAGGAACUCUAUAAUCGACUCCGGCGUCUGAAUGGAAGCCCAAAAAAAAAACUCUCCGCACUGAUCCAAGAGCAGCCACAGCCUGGCCCCACUAUGUUGGUUGCCAUGGUGAUUCUCUUGCGCCCACUGACUCGGUAGCUGGUUGCUUUGGUUGCCAGCCUGCAUAGAGA